UUGCAUAGUUAGCUGGCCACUCGUUUUUAUAUUCAUUUUUUCCCAUUUGCAUUUUCUAGCUUCUCCCCUCGAUUUCUUCAGAAACAGCAAAGAGAGAAUCAAUUCCUCAUCGUUGGAAUUGUUUACUCUCUGGAUUCUUACCUCGCCAUUGAUUUCCCCGCACACCCUCUCCUUCCAAAAAAAACCGCACCUUCAGAUUCUAACUGUCCCAUUUUUUCCUAGUUAAUUAAGAUUAUGCUACAAAAUUCACAGAGUCUAAAGUUUCAGCCACAUUUUGCUGUAAAGAUCUGAGCUUUGAGCUGUGACAUGUUCUUCUGUUAAUGGGUUUGAGUUGUUCUUCCUACUUAGCCAUUGAUUCUUCUCUCUCUUGAAGCCUAAAUCUUUUUUGUUUUGUUUUUCUCUCUCUCUCUCUUUCCCUAUUGUGGGGUGGACUUGUGGAAUGCUGAGGUCAGAGGCUUCUGUGACAUGUUCUAGGAGCUUUGUGCUGAAUUGGGUCACUGAGGUUUCUGUCAAUUGUGGUAGAGAAUCUCAGUUCUCAGAGAUCUAAGCCUCUCUGUCUUUGGAUUCAUAGAAAACACCCUGUUUUUUUGUUGCAUAGUUGUGGUGAAAGUGAAAGUGAGAGGCAUUGAAGAUGAUGAGGAUGAAGAAUGGUAAGACAAAUGGGCUUUCUCCCAUCAUGAAUGGAAGCUCAGCUGUUAGCAGAGCUGAACCGGGUUCAAAGGAAUGGGAGAUGAGGCCGGGUGGAAUGCUGGUUCAGACGCGAACCGCUGACUCGGAUCGGAUCUCAGUGUCGGUUCCCAUGAUCAGAGUCAGGGUCAAGUAUGGUUCAAUUUACCAUGAACUCAACAUUAGUUCCCAAGCUUCAUUUGGGGAAUUGAAGAAAAUGUUGUCAGGGCCAACUGGUUUACACCACCAAGAUCAGAAGCUAUUUUACAAAGAUAAAGAGAGGGAUUCAAAAGCUUUCCUUGAUGUGGUUGGAGUGAAGAAUAAAUCAAAGUUGGUACUGGUGGAAGACCCUAUUAGUCAAGAGAAAAGGUUGUUGGAGAUAAGGAAGAAUGCUAAGAUGGAGAAAGCUGCAAAAUCUAUCUCAGAAAUCAGUUUGGAAGUAGAUAGGCUUGCAGGGAGGGUAUCUGCUUUUGAAUCAAUAAUUAGCAAAGGUGCGAAAGUUGCAGAAACAGAUUUGCUUAGUCUGGUUGAGCUUUUGAUGAAUCAAUUACUUAGAUUGGAUGGUAUAACAGGUGAUGGAGAUGUGAAAUUGCAGAGGAAAAUGCAGGUCAAAAGAGUUCAAAAGUAUGUUGAAACUCUGGAUGUGCUGAAAGUUAAGAACUCAAAUGGACAAAGAAUUGGACCAAUUAAAGAGCAACCACAAACACAUUCAAAUGGGCAUCACAGGUUAGCUCCAAUUCAGGAGCAGCAAGAAGAACAACCAAGGAACUCAAAUGGGCACUCCCAAGUAUUUCAACAACAGCAACAGUCAAAUCAUUCUACCUCAGGAGUUGUAGUCACCACAAAAUGGGAGACAUUUGAUUCAAUCCCACCAUUAAUCCCAGUUGAAUCAACAUCCACAACCCCUGCAGUGAACAACAACAAUUCAGGUCCUCCCAAGUUCAAUUGGGAAUUAUUCAACUAAUAAGUACCUUGCGAAGUGUUUGUAGCUGUGUGGAGAUAUCAUUUUGGUUUGUUUUCCACUUGGAGUGUUAUAUGUUUUACAUUCUUUUGUGUAUUUAGAUUUUUGUUUAGCAACCCCUCUAAUCUGUCAUUUACUUCAGAAAUAAAUGGGGUUUCUAUGAUAGUGAUUACUAUUUUGGUGCCCAUACCAAAUAUUUGGGCCUAUAUUUUAUGAUAUGAAUAUAAUAUUUUAUAUUUGCAGCUUUA